AUGCCAACGCCCCGCACCGCCGAAGGCUCCGCGCCGCCAGUGGCCGGCGCCAGCGAGCCGGCGGGCGCCGGGGCGUUGGCCGCCCUCGCCGCGGGCUCGCUCGUGGCGGCCGCGGCCUCGCGCGGGCUGCUCGUGCGCCGCCGCGCGGAGGCGGAGGAGAAGCCGGCCAAGGCGAAGAAGGCGAAGAAGGAGUUCGAGAUCGAGUUCAUCCCCCGCCCCGAGGACCUCCUGGAGUCGCCCAAGUUUCCGAUGUUCAUGGGGGGCACCAACGGCUACAUGUCCAAGGGCACCCGCGAGCGCCACGCCAUCACGUGGACCGCCAAGGAGGCCUUCGUCUUCGAGAUGCCCAUCCUCGGCGUGGCGGUCAUGAACAAGGGCGAGAACCUGUGCUACUUCAGGAAGAAGGAGCAGUGCAUCGCACUCGGCAAGCAGCUCCGCAAGAUGAAGAUCGAGAACUACAAGAUCUACCGCCUCAAGAAGGACGGCACCGUCCAGUUCAUGCACCCGGCCGACGGUGUGUUCCCCGAGAAGGUGAACAAGGGCCGCGUGCAGGUCAAUGGCCGCCCCUUCAACAUCGGCCAGAGCCCGAAGCAGGUCGAGCUGAAGUACACCAAGUACGACGAGAAGACCUACGAGGCAGACCACCUGACCACGCUGUUCGUCAAGGCCCGCUGCGAGGCGUUCUCGGACACCGAGAACCUCUACGCCCUGCCGAACACCGGGCAGGAGGACUCCGCCUCGAAGGCGGCCACGGCGGCCAUGGGCGGCAGCCUGUGA